AUGUCGACGACUAUUACCUCUCCUCUAACGCCAACGUCAGUUAACACCGUUGGCAGUUCGCAAACUCUUCUAACCAAGGCACGGGAGUAUCUCCCGGGCGUUGACCAUGCCGUCUUCAAGUACUUCCGCAUCAUCAAGAGGGUCGAGGGAAAAGCUCAGCAGUACGAGUGCAAGUUCUGCAGCAAUGUCUACACUGGUGCUGCCAUCCGAUGCGUGCAACACUUCACGCCGUGGAAGGGGAUGAAACGUCGUGAAGUGGUGCUUUGCAAUGAUGCGCCGCAAGAUGUGCGCUUGGCCAUGCGCACGAAAUACGAGGCAAAGGCUGUUGCGGCCAAAGAGAAGAGGCGGGCAGCAGCUGAAGCGGUUGCCGCGGUCAAGGCUAAUGGUGUGAAGCGGGCGCGCAUCACCGAUUACCUUGAGGGGGAUGCGGCUGCAAGAAAGAGAGAAGCGGACGAGGCACUUGCGCUUGCUUGGGCCGCCCUCCAUAUCCCCGAGCGCCACAUUGACCAUCCUCUGAUGGUCAAUGCAUUGAACCUCGUCAAGCGCGCCGGUGCCGACUACGUCCGUCCCAAGAGGAAAUACAUCGGCGGUGCUGGCCUUCUCUCGUGUCGCAACGGAAUCGAGCAGGGUUUGGUGGCAGAUGAUGAGCCGUAUGGCACCGAUGCCACCUGUUGCAAGAGACCAUGA